AUAGAAGCAAAGUUGAUGAAGUUGAAUAAGGCUCACUCACUCACUCGCUAACAAACCAAAAGAUGUGGAACCUCUGCGCUGUUAUUCCCAAUGCUUCUUCAACCUUCACAUUCAGCGUUCAACAUCAUUCACUUCUCAACUUCUUCAAUAGAAGGAGAAGGCCUCGCUGCAGGGUCACCAUGUCCUCCGAUCCUCAAAACGCCGUCGUUGUGGGAUGUGGAGGAGUGUCUAUCGAUUUCUUGGCCAGCGUGGCCGCUUAUCCUAAGCCAGAUGACAAAAUCAGAACCACAAAUUUGAAGGUUCAAGGAGGUGGCAAUGCUGGAAAUGCCUUAACCUGCCUUGCUCGCUUGGGCCUAAACCCAAGGCUUAUUUCCAAGGUUGCUGAUGACAGUCAAGGCAGGGGUAUAUUAGACGAGCUGCGAGCUGAUGGUGUAGAUACAUCCUUUAUAGUGGUGUCUAAGGAGGGAACAUCACCAUUUACAUAUAUUAUUGUCGACAACCAAACGAAGACCCGUACUUGUAUACAUACCCCAGGAUAUCCUCCAAUGAUACCAGACAACCUGCCAAAAUCAAGUUUGUUAUCUGCAUUGGAUGGAGCGAAAAUUGCUUAUUUUGAUGGCAGGUUGCCUGACACUGCUCUACUUGUUGCCCAAGAGGCAGUUAAAAAGAAUAUACCCAUCUUAAUUGAUGCAGAAAGGCCAAGGGAAGGGUUGGACGAUCUCCUAAAACUAGCUGAUUAUGUUGUAUGCUCAGCGAAGUUUCCAAAGGCAUGGACAGAGGCAUCCACUGUUCCACAAGCACUUGUUUCUAUGCUUUUAAUGUUGCCCAACAUAAAAUUUGUGAUUGUAACUUUGGGAAAAGAUGGAUGCAUAAUGCUGGAGAGAAGGGUUGAUGCAGGUCCUUCUGCAGAAGAAGUGGAUGCAGACACCUUAUUGGAAUCAUUGGAGUUAAAAAGGAAUAAGAGUCUAUCCACUCCAACCUGCAUAUCAUCAUCAGUGGCGAAAUUGAAGGCAGAGCGGAUAGGAACAGUUAGUGCGAAGUUAUAUGUUGGAACAGCAGAGAGUAUUCCACAGUCAGAGCUUGUUGAUACCACUGGUGCUGGGGAUGCUUUUAUUGGGGCUGUAAUCUAUGCUAUCUGUGCCAAGUUUACACCAGAGACAAUGCUAUCCUUUGCUGCUAAUGUGGCAGGUGCCAAGUGCAGGGAUCUAGGAGCACGGAGUGGUCUUCCUUACCGUGCGGAUCCACGCAUAGAAUCCUUUAUAUUGGAGAAAUUGAUUACUUCAUCUUAACAUGUAAUAACAGGUACCUGUAUUCUGUUUCCAAAGCUAGGUUUUCCGUUAGUUAGUUAUGCAAUAGUUCCAAGUAUAAAUGGUUCGUAUUCUUUCAUUUCAGAUGAGAUGUCUUCAUUGGGAUAUUCGACUGAGUUGUUCAGUGGAGCUAUUGAUCAUCGACAGUUUAAUUUUUCAUAGUCGAAGUGAAGAUAUAAUCUGCUUUUUAAUUUUUACUU